GAGGGAGGGAGUGAGGGAGUGCGGCCGGGCGGGCGGCGUCUCGGCAGCUGCCCCCACGAUGCCGCUGCUCGUCGCCCUGCUGCUCUGCGCCCACUUGUGCAGCCGGCCGGGCCCCGCGGCCGCGCAGGGCGGCUCCAUCAAAGCCCUGCGCUCCUCCAACCUCCGGCGCGAUGAGAGCAAUCACCUCACAGACUUGUACCGGAAAGAAGAGACCAUCAGCGUCGCCAGAAACGGCUGCAUCCACAGUCCCCGCUUCCCGAGUAGCUACCCCAGGAACCUGCUACUGACAUGGAGGCUCCACUCACCGGAGAACACAAGGAUACAUCUGGCCUUUGACAAUCAGUUUGGACUGGAGGAGCCAGAAAAUGAUAUCUGCAGGUAUGACUUUGUGGAAGUAGAAGAUCUAUCUGAAACCAGUACAGUUAUACGAGGACGAUGGUGUGGACACAAGGAAGUUCCUCCAAGAAUAACUUCAAAAACAAACCAAAUAAAGAUAACCUUCAAAUCUGAUGACUAUUUUGUGGCUAAACCAGGAUUCAAGAGUUGUUAUUCCCUUGUGGAUGAUUUCCAGCCCGCAGCCUCAGAAACCAACUGGGAAUCUGUCACAAGCUCUGUCUCAGGGGUAUCCUAUCCCUCUCCAUCAGUGACUGACCCUACCCUCACUGUGGAAGCUCUAGACCAGACCGUUGCUGCAUUUGACACUGUGGAAGAGCUACUCAAACACUUUAAUCCGGAUUCAUGGCAAGAAGAUCUUGAAAAUCUGUACACGGAUGCUGGACAUCACUUUCGAGGCAGGAGCUACCAUGACAGAAAGUCCAAAGUUGACCUGGACAGAUUGAAUGAUGAUGUGAAACGUUACAGCUGCACUCCGAGGAACUACUCUGUCAACUUAAGGGAGGAACUGAGACUGACAAAUGUGGUUUUUUUUCCCCGCUGCCUCCUGGUCCAGCGCUGCGGUGGGAACUGUGGAUGCGGCACUGCAAAUUGGAAAUCUUGCACAUGCACCUCUGGGAAAACAGUGAAAAAAUAUCAUGAGGUGCUGAAAUUCAUCCCUGAGUUAAGCCAUGUCAGGAGGAAGGGGAGAACCAGGAACAGCAUGGCCCUAGUGGAUAUUCAACUGGACCAUCAUGAGCGCUGUGAUUGCAUCUGCAGCUCAAGACCUCCACGAUAAAAACAGACCAAAGCACAUUACUUGCAGUUUAAAGGGUGUUUAAUUUUGAGCAGGGUUUGUCUCAAAUGACUUUCUCUAACUGAUAAUUUGAACUUUGCUACUAGCCUACAUUGCAAUUGGCAAAAAUUAUUCUGUGUUUCAGCAUAGCUAUGUUGAUUAGUGCCACGGCAGCUAAACAGGUAUAUCAUUGUUUCUGUGUCAUCAUCUGAUAAUACAGGAUUACAUUUAGCAGUAGAUUCUGAGGUUUGAAAGUUUCAAACCUGAAUAUGGGGAUAAGCAACACAAUUCCAAUUUAAAUUAAUUAAAGUUGUGCAGCUAAAUCCCAUAUCUGGAGAUAAAAAUCUUCACUGAGAUAAUCUUAUAUCUGUGUUUGCAUCUUCUAAACUUACACAUACAUGCAAGUACCUAAUUUCUGGCAUCAUGUAUACCUGGCCUACUGGGUGGCACAGGUAAAUGAGGGUAGAAUUUGAUCCAAUAUACCUAUAUAAUGGUUAAUUCACUUCAAUCCAUCCCCUAAGUAGAAUUUCCCCUUGUCCCUUUUCAGUACAUUUAUAGAUAACGAGGAAAAUAUAGAAUAAAAUAAAACUACAGUGAAGUCAAAUCUUGCAGUCUAUACUCCAGCAAAACAUUUAUCAUAAUCAUAUAACACUUUGCCUGAGGACCUGGUCCUGAGUGCUAUCAAGCCCACUGAAGUCCUGCCACUUGGUUAAAGAUGUUUGGUUAAAGAUGCAGGGUCUCCAUGAAGAAAGCAAGAUAUGACUCGUGUAUAUGUUCUUCUUCACUGUGUUUCAAGGAUUGUGUUUUUUUCUAGGUAGACAGUCAAAAUGGACAUUAUUCUGUUGAAAAUGCUGAUGUUUCUUGCAUGUGUAUUCAAGCUGAAAACAAAACUGGGUUCUAGCUUUAGAGAACAGAUCAAAUAUCAAUAUUGGUUUGAUUUGGGUUUUUUUUUAUAAGGAAUACUAUAACUUUGUCACCAUAUACAGUAAUCUUAAUUGCCUGACUUCAGUAGCAUAUAUUGCCAUGAUUAAAAUAUUGGCACUGAUUUUCUUUUGGAUUGCAUUUUGUUCAGACAUAUUAGCUCAUUAAUUGACAUCUGUAUCUUGAAAAAUGUUCAGCAUUAAUUACUAUUCACAAAAAAUAUUCUACCACCUUUUAAUUAAAUAUGCACCUUAAAAGCUAUAGCAUAGCUCCUAUGCCUAUCAAAACAUUAUGAAAGUGCUCUAACUAAAAUAAAGGAUUUUUUUUUCCAAACUAGCUUUAAAGAUUGUGAGAUACUGCUCUGAAAGUGGUCCAGUGGAGAAUAUAGGCAAUUAUAAAUCUGGAAGAGAAUUGAAUUUGUGAUUGUGAACGUUACAGACAAAAUGGAGUGGAACAUUUAAUGGCCAAGAAUCUAUAGAUUUAUUUAAUAGCAGACUCAAGCGGCAUGGUUCAUUUUUGUGUGUGCUGCCUCUGUGCUUUUGUUGCUCAGAAAGAAGUGACUUUACAAUAGCAUUUCAAAAUCAGCUAAAUAGCACAAUAUAUCAUAUGAUAUUGAGAACAUUAGAACCACUGUGUCUUGGUUAUCACCGGAACAAUUAUAAAAAGUGCUCUCAUGUUUUUUAUAUUACUUUCUUUAUCGAGUCAAAUCUGUUACCUGUUUUUGUAACUUUAUCAAAUCUAUCCUGGAAUAUACCAUAUAAGAUAUUGUGAGUGUUACUUUUUGUACUUUAUUUGAACAUUUGUGAUUCUAAAUAUAGUGUUUGGGUUAGGGUUUGUUUUUUUGUUGGUGCUGGCGGUAGGCUUAUUUUUGCUGUUUAAGCGUUUAUAUAUUUAUAUAUAUAUAUAUAUAUAUAUAUAUUUUUUUUUUUUUUUUUUUUUCCCCCUCCCUGGCUCCAGAUGUCUAUUUAAAAAAUCUCUGAGAUGGGAAGCUGAGAUGGGAAUUGAUUCAUCAUUUUUUCAAAGCAAUUCACUUUAAAGAGCAACACUGAAACCAAAGAUUACCAGCUCCAUUACUUAAUUCAGUUUUAUUAAAAGAAGACUACAUUCUUUUCCUAUCUCAGGUGUAAUUAUAAGACUGUUCAAUCACCCUCAUAAUUCUAGGCUAAUUUGAGGGUGGAGAGGGGGAACCUACUUCUGAAACCACUACAGUGCAGGCAGCAAGCUCUUCCUGACUGAACUGCCAAGCUAUGCUCGACUAAGCACCAUGGUUUAGUUAAAGCAAAUUGGUUUUAUGGGAAGUUUGGUUUCAUGUUACUUUCUGCUUUGCCUAGUUCAUUGAUUCUCAUCCCUUUGAGGCAACUUACUCUGGCUUACCAGACUGAGCUCUCAGUUAUGCCUGACAUCUCAAAUUCAAUUUUGUAUGCUCUUCAAAACUUCAGUGUUAAUACUGGAAUGUUAGAAACUCACUAUUGAAUUAAACACAGACAACGAUAGCGUACCAGGGCGCAGCACAGAACAUCAUCAAACAGGAAAAAAUGUCAUGCAAGAGGCCCCAAGAAGUCAGUGGGACUUCUCAUUUGCUUGAAGUUGGAAAUGUUUAGAUACUUCCUGAACUGGUCACAAAAACUAACUUUUCUCUCAUGGUUCACUAAGCACUAAUGGGAACGAAUGGCCUACUUAUUACGAGUUGCCACAGUUUGCUAUGGAGAUGUUGCCUUUUAUGCCAAAAAUGUUAAAAAGGAUAAUAUCUAUCAUGACUGAACAUAAAAUUUCCAGUAAACCACGCUCCAAACUGCAUAACCCAUAAUAGGUGAAAUAGCUUUACCGUCCUUUUUUAUUUAUUAUCAGAAAUUACAAACAGGCAUUUUCCCUGUACCAUUAUUUUCCUCUUUCUUUGUAGGUUUGAAAUAGCUUCUACACUGUUUAUAUAUUAUUUUUAAGUUAAAAUCAACUGUCUUUAAAAAAAGUUAAAUUAGUCUGCUUCAUUUUUGUUGAAGUAAUUGGAAGCCCACAGUAUAAAUAUAACUUUCAAAAGCAAAAGAAAUAGUUCCAUCAUUUCAAAGCAGCUCACUACCUUUUAUUUAGUGUAUUCUUCUAGGAUAGCAACUAAUUUCUCAAGUGCAAUUUAUAUAUAUAUAUACAUAUAUAUAUAAUUAUUUUGGUUAUAGCAGUUAAAAGCAGCUUUUAUGGACAGUAUUUUCUAUUGUAUGCAGUACAUAAUGUGUCUUACCUUGAUGAAAAAUAAACAUUGCUUUUGAAAUAA